AUGUUGACUUUUGCCCUCUUGUCACUUGCUGCUGCUGGCCGAUCUCGACGACAGUCUCCUCUUCCGGAGUACGAAGCAGAUUACCCAGCAUUUGCUGCCAGAGGACGAGCAGCCCCAGUUUCUGCUCUUGAUGACCCAAUGAUCGCACCCGAUAUUGCACGAAUGGGACCAGCAAUGGAACGAAAGUACAAGAAUCUCGAGAAGAUGAUGACUUUCAUGGACACUUCCAGUAAUAACAUCACCAAAUAUUGGGUCUAUGGAUGUUGGUGUUUCCAGAUGGGCGACUACCCGAUGCGACAAGGAAUCGGUGCUCCACAAGAUAAUGUCGACAAGACUUGCAAACAACAAAAAGAGUGCUACAAAUGCGCUAAGAAGGAUUUCGGUCAGGAAUGUGUCCCUGAGGAAACUGGUUACAGACACAAAGGAGCCUACGAUUCUGUCACUGGCGAGGCUUACAUCAAAUGCAUGGACAGAGAAGGAACCUGCCGACGACAAAUCUGCGAAUGCGACAAGGCUCUCGCCACCCGACUUGUCCCUGCUUCCGAAAGCGAGGAUGGAUGGAACGCCGCUCAUCACGCCUUCUACGGUGGAUUUGACUCCCGAUCUAAAUGCCUUCGAAGUCUGCCAGGACCAGGCGGUAACGACGUCAAAGUUCAGUGCUGUGGAACUGGAAUGGACAGACUUCCAUACAAAUUCAACGCUGACGGAUCUGGCAAACAGUGUUGCGGAGGUAAAAUCUACGAUUCGGACAUUCAAGAGUGUUGCCGAAAUGACUUCGUCUCCUCGAUCGGAAGCUGCUAA